AUGGCUAGAAGCAAAAUAACACGAUGGAGAAAUCGAUUCUCGUUCUUUGUCACUCGGUCGCGAAAUGCAAAAAAGUGCUCAGGUGAAAAUUUGGCUAACAUACUGAAGGGUGAUGUUAACGAUGGAUUAAUGAACUCUGGCUUGCAAGUACUCGCCACUGAUGGCAACAAGUUCAACAAGAACCCCCAUUCUCCUAUCCUCACAAGGCAUCGAGGAACACUGCAUAAAUUCAAUUACCAUCGAAACGUAAACUCAUCCUUGAAUUUCACGAAGGACUCCCUACUGGAUUCCAUGAGUUUCCAUUCCCUUCCAUCAUCGAAACAAAUUGGAUUGGCUAGUCAGUUGAUGUUGCAUGCCAGCGAAGAAUGUAAACAUUGCGCAGCUAGAGGGCUAGACAUUGUCGCUAGAGAUUCGCGAGUAUUCAGAGGCAUAAAUGCUAACCAGUUGUGCACAUUUAGUGCUUCACCCAGAAGCGGUUGUGAAUUCAGGUUUUCCUUCACUUUCUUCCUGAAGCACUCGUCGGGUUACACGGAAGAUGCAUUAUCUGAAUUACCUUUAAUCCUCUCAACUAUGUUACCAAACUUUCCGGAAAGAACCAGAAUAAGA